AUGCCCAAGAUGCUCAUAUGCGACAAGUUGAUGACACAUUUUACUGUCAUUGUGACCGCAUUCCUGCUACUCCAUUGCAUUGGUUUUUCACCGUUUACACCGCAAACGUUGCGCGGCGUUGCGGCCACUCCCGAGGAUGAAGCCGUCGGAAAAUGGGCAAUGCAGUUUGGUGAUGAGUUGUGGGAAUUAGCGCAGCGUAUGACCAAAUCUCAGGAGAUUAAGGCUAAAUACAAGGAAUACAAUGCCCGCGUCGAGUUAAAAAAUGGCACCGAACUCAUUAAGUCCAUCACAGCGAACGUGGGGCGUAUGUUGUCACGUAAAAUGGACGCUGUACGUUGUAUUCAACAGAAAGCCGAAGCGGUCAACGAAGAAUUCGAAUUUAAUUACACAGCAGCGGAGCAGACCUUUCAAUACUACUCCAGCAAGUUUUCGAUGUUUGAAGGCAAGCGAGCAGAAGAUUUGGUAGAAAGUAUGGAAAUGUACGAUCGGUGGUACUUGAAUUUCACACUGAAUCCAGAUACGCACUUUUAUAAUAUAUCUGUGGAUACAGAGCAUAGUUCCGUCCAUGUACCCUCGAAUAUAUUUGAUGGCAGCCGCGAUGUGCUCAAAACAAUUAUGUGGUCUGAAACGCUGGAUGAGGUCUUCAGGCAAAACUAUCAAUCGGAUCCAGCGUUGUCGUGGCAAUAUUUCGGCUCCGAUACUGGCAUAUUGCGGCACUACCCCGGCCUACAAUGGCAGAAGAUUGGCAAUCGUGAAAAUGCCGACACCUAUGAUUGCCGCAAACGUUCGUGGUAUAUUGAAACUGCCACCUGCUCCAAGGAUAUUGUCAUACUAUUGGACAAUUCUGGCUCGAUGACCGGUUUCCGCAAUCAUGUUGCCAAAUUUACGAUACGCAGCAUUUUGGAUACUUUCUCGAAUAAUGAUUUUUUUACGAUUUUCAACUACUCAGCAACCGUCGAUGACAUAAUUCCGUGCUUCAAAGAUGCCCUGGUACAAGCGACGCCAGAGAAUAUCAACGUAUUUAAUGAUGCUAUUGAGGACAUAGAACCGGAGGGUUAUGCGAAUCUAUCACUGGCGUAUGAGAAAGCUUUUCAACUGUUGAAAAAGUACUACAUUCAACGCCGCUGCAACGAAACCUCCACCUGCAAUCAAGCCAUCAUGGUCGUCACCGAUGGCGUUGCUGGCAAUACCACCGAAAUUUUUGAAAAAUACAACUGGGGCGAUGGCGAGAAUGGCACAAUGAAUAUGAAUAUACGCAUCUUCACCUAUCUGCUGGGGAAGGAGGUGACCAAAGUGCGUGAGAUACAAUGGAUGGCAUGCCUGAAUCGCGGCUACUAUUCGCAUGUACAAACACUGGAUGAGGUGCACGAGGAGGUGCUGAAGUAUGUAGAUGUGAUAGCUACGCCGCUGGUGCUGCAAAAUGAGGAACACCCACCGACAUGGACGCACUCGUUUACGGAUCGAACGUACGAACCGCGCGAAAACGAUACUGGCACACGUCUUAUGAUCGCUGUGGGCGUGCCGGCCUUUGAUCGUUCUUAUCGUGAAGAAAACUCCACGAGGCGCGCACGUUUGCUGGGAGUAGCAGGCACGGAUGUGCCGGUGGAGGAUAUCGACAAAUUGACGCUGCCUUAUAAGUUGGGCGUAAAUGGUUAUUCAUUUGUGGUCUCCAACAAUGGUUACAUGCUACUCCAUCCCGACUUACGUCCGAUUUCGAAAACCGGCAAGUUCAAUCCAAAUUACAACAGCAUAGAUUUCACCGAAGUGGAACAUCUGUACGAAGACUUAGAGCCACGUCAGGCGGGCGAGUCUAUACUUCUACUGCGUAACGCUAUGGUGCAAUACCAAUCCGGUGAAUUUAAGGACAUAAGCGUCAAGUUUCAUUAUGACAAUAUGCGUCGAGUGUCUGAAGAGAAGCAGGAUUACUUCUUUGCACCGCUGCCGAACACACCAUUUUCGCUGGGCAUCGUACUGCCGAGUGAGUAUGGUAAGACAUGGAUUAAGGUAGGCGAGGAAGUGUUGAAGAACAAGCAUAUGAAAGUUAAUAUUUCGGACUACUUUGCGGGGGACAACUGGAAGGUGCAUCCUAGUUGGGUUUUUUGCAAGUAUCACUACCUGGAGGGGCACGAGUUCAAAACACCGGAAGAGGAAUUGCGUCACUUUCUUGCCAAAAUGAUGCAAGACGAUUGGAAAUGGUCCGAGCAGUACGAGGAGGACGAAUCUGAUCGGGAUGACAAUGAAGAAAUAAAUUGUGGUCGAAUAACACUCAACGAAGAUGCCUACUAUUGCAACAAAGAACUCGUGCAUCUGCUCAUCUUCGAUGCGAAAGUUACAAACUCCAGUUACGGCCAGUGGAAAUUCGCCAACGAGGAAGAACGCAAUUUGAUUCAAAGUUUUGGUGCUACUUUACGCUUCGUCGCCACUAUGAGUGGCUUAACGCGUUGGCAGUUCAUCUACGGCGAAGUGGAAGUGGAAAAUGAUCGCGAGUUUGGCGACUAUCAUACCACGGCGAUUGAUGAGACCUGGUACAAAAGCGCCAUUUUGCAGCAUCAUCAGGAACGCACCGAGAGCUUUGUUUAUAUGGUCAAACAUGCCAGCGAUCCGGUGGAGGAUAGUGAACUGAUGAUAACUGCUUCACAUGCGAUAUUCCCACGUGAUGGUGGUAAGGAGGCACCCGCUUGUGUAGUCGGUUUUCAAUUUUCACAUGCGCGAAUGGUGGAUCGAUUCUUCAAUAUCACCUCGGUGGAUAACUGCAAUGGCUGCAUCAAAACCUGUUCGAGUGACGAAAUCGAGUGCUAUGUCAUAGACAAUAAUGCUUACAUUGUAAUCGCACAAAAUGUCAAUCAUACUGGCAAAUUUUUUGGCGAAUAUCAAGGUGAUGUCAUGACAGCAAUGGUGGAAAAGAACUUUUUCCAAGCGAUUAAUGUUUACGACUAUCAGGCAUUGUGUCGCGAGGAGGUUGAUGAUGCCAGCGAUGCGCAAUCGCUGUUACAUCCAAUGAGACUGCUUAGUUUAGGCUGGCGCUGGUUGGUAGCACAACUCUUCUGGCAGUAUGCGCGCAUCAAGUGGUGGGUGGAAGCGGCACCAUUCUUAGAGUACUCCGACGAAAUCGACGAUGACUAUGAAGCCGUCCCAGACGCAUUUUCACGUCAGCCACAAAAACAAAAAGAUGUCAGCGACGAUGGCAAGCUGUUAUUUGAGAAGAAAAAACCCGAACCAGUAUAUACACCGUGCGACACGCGCUCAACACUCUAUGUAUUACAAUCGAAUUCGCUUGAAGAUAUUAACGACCAUAUAAAAGUGCCAUAUUCACGUCCGUUUUACUUAAAGAAAAUACCGAAUACCAAUCUUUUGUUGGUGGUGGUAAAUGUUUUGAUGCCAUCGAAGGGAAUGCGUCUGAGCACGGAACCCGAACGUCUCGAAUAUGAUAUAGAGUUUCCAUGCUACAAAUUGAAUAUGAGCUUCUAUGAGCGAAGACGUUUAGAAGAAUGCUUUACGCAACACCCAGAGGAGGAACUGUACACAUAUUGUGGCGACGCGGCAGCCCUACGUUCGGACUUUGUAAAUUUAUUGAUAACCAUAUUUAUAUUUUUAAUAACGCGCUAUUUACGCACUUAAAUGUUUGUAAACAUUUUUUUUUUUUUUUAACUAUCGAGCGGAUGUACUUAUUGUAAAUAAAAAUAUUUUUUAAAACUAUAGCUAAAAAAAAAAAUGAAAAGACCGCGAAAAAAUAAGAAGAUGAGUAAUAUUAUGUCGUACAUCAUUUAGCACAAUCCUCUUUACUGUAUUGACUACAUAGAAAUGCUCCUAGCGUUCUCUCUUAUGUGACAUAUACCAUGUAGACUUAAAACAGAAACGCCAAAAAAUGUACUAGAAAAAAAAUAAUAAUUGAAACAAAAACACUUGUCCCUUGUACUUAUGUAUUGUAUGUACUAUUAACAUAGGACUAAAUAUUUGCAACCGAAGUUAACUUCAUCUUCUGCUUUCCGACGAUAAUCAAGUUUUUAACAGACAACCACAAAUUUUUUAAGCAAUCAUUUUCGAAAACCCCGGUACACAUACAUACAUAUGUAUGCAAAAUAUUUAAAAAAGAAAAAUUACACAUACUGACACUCCCACUUAAAAUGUACGUAUAAUAAAAUUUACAUAUGUAGAUUUGUAUUUUUCCUGCGAAUUUUUGUAAACUCUGCAGUAAACUUUGUAAAAAAAAAAACGACAAAACAAUUCUUUUGAGACAAUGUAAACGUAUUUGCCAAAACCAAAUAAGUAAAAUAAAAAAAAAUGUAUGUAUGUAUAUUAAAAAGAAAACUAUUUGGUUAAAUUUUGAUAGAAUUUUAUAAAAGUUAUUUACCCCCUAGUCGAAUUCGUUGUUUAAUUAGGCUUAGCCUUCAAGUUAACAGCAAAAUCAAAAAAAAAACAAAAACUGGUAAAAGCAUAUUAGUUCAAAGGAGUAGGUAAAUGAGAAGUAAAGGAUACGAAGGAUAGUUAACGAGAGAUAAUACAACUUUGUUAUCGUUAAUUUAUAGCCUAAAUAUGCAUACAUACAUAUGUACAUAUAAGUGUGUAUCACUACAUGCAUAUGAAUGUAUUUUUAUUUGUUAAUGUACAAUACUUAUUUAUGCGUUUUUAUAGUAAAAAAAUUACUCCUAACAAUAAUAUAUAGUUUAUGUAUAGAGAAAUUUGUUUAC